ACGCGCAGGCGCGGCCCCGCCGCCGCCUCGGGGCGCGCGUCACUUCCCGGUUGGGCCGGCGGCCCGCGGCGGAGCGCGGCCGUUCCCUCCCGACCCCCGGCCCGCCAUGGAGAAGCUGCGGCGGGUGCUGGCCGGACAGGACGAUGAGGAGCAGGGGCUGACGGCGCAGGUCCUUGAUGCCUCAACACUCAGCUUUGGUACUCGAGUCAGAUGGUUUGCCAUAUGCUUUGUUGCUGGCAUUGUGUGUUCUUUUCUUGGAACAGCAUUGCUAUGGCUCCCAAAGGGGAUCAAACUUUUUGCAGUGUUCUACACCCUGGGAAAUAUUGCUGCACUCGCCAGUACGUGUUUCCUGAUGGGGCCACUGAAGCAACUGAAAGCAAUGUUUGAUCCAAAACGAUUAAUAGCUACCAUUGUGAUGUUGCUUUGUCUAAUAUUGACUCUGUGUGCUGUAUUCUGGUGGAACAAAAAAGGUUUGGCGAUGUUAUUCUGCAUAUUGCAGUUCUUGGCAAUGACCUGGUAUAGUCUGUCUUAUAUUCCUUUUGCAAGGGAUGCUGUGAUUAAAUGCUUCUCAUCCUGUCUAGGGUAAAUUAAAACCAGGAACCACUGUCCUCUUUAAAAGGCAACUUUUUUCCACUGUAAAUUUUGCUCAAAAAACUCUACUUUUCCACUUCUGAAAUACCCAGUAGGAAUUUAGUACUUUCCUUGCCUUUUGCACUUGGGAGAUUAAAUAAUUUUUAUUAGAAACUGUUUUUAAAUAAAUUUGGAGAAUUGUUUGUGUUUACCCUGGAACUUCCAGGCUUUUUUUUAAACAAGAAAGUACAUUUAAAUACUUCAUGCAGAGUAGUCUUAACACUACUUUGUAUCCAGUAACAGUUUAUUCCCCAGUGGAGGCAAGUCACUAAGGUCUGGGUAGUAUGCAUAAAGAUUUCAUUUACAGUUCUGUCUAAAACUUGCAAUGUGCCAUUUAUGUUUGUAUAUUAUCCAUUGUAUGCUUUUCCAAAGACAGAGUUUUAUAAACAUUGUAAAGAUUUGGAAGGUUGUAAUUAACUGCUCCUUUGAAAUGUCUGUACAUGUGCCUUAUGGAAAAAACUUAAUGAGAAUGUGAAAGGUAUGUUUAAAACCUGUUGGAUUCUAUUAAAAAAGUUGUGUUUUAAAUUGUUUUCUUAAAAAUACUUUCAUACCUAAAUACUUUUUUACUAAAAGAACUUAUGGCUAAUGUAUAAAUGAGACUUGUGAAAUAAAUUCAUUUUAAAAGUG